CUUGACGGAAGAGAAACUCCAUCACCAGCUGUACUCCGUAUCUUUUGGACCAUUCUCGGCUGUUCCGUCUCCGUUCCUAUUCAUAGCUCACUCGCUUGCCACCAUAGACGCAAUACAGCCCUCAGAUCAGACUGAGGCCAAUGCCCUUUGAAAACCGAGGUCGCACGCAUUGCAUAGGAUCGGGAUACAAGAUAGAAUAUUCCGGACAAAAGAAAAUUUCAUCACAUGGCCAAGAUUCUUGAGACAGAGACUUGGCUUGGUGUAGAUUUUGGAGAGCCAGUGGACCAGGAGAAAUACGGCCUGCCCAGUCAAGACUAGUAACCGCCCAACGUUCCCAAGCCAUUGUUUCUGAUUGUUUAGGCCAUUGCGCUCAUCAGUUACGACCUCAUUCUCCACAGAAAGGUGUUGGACUUGGAGAAUGUCUUCUGGUUGUUAAUUGGCUAGCGUACAGUAGGUAGUUCUCCCACGAGUACUCUUGUCAUCAUGGGAUGGAUUUUGACAGCACAGAGCACCUAAUGCCCGAUCUAUCUUCCUCAGCCACUCAGAGGCUCUGAAACCACAGCAUAGACAGGUGCGGCAUUGGCUUAACAUUAGACAAGAAACUAUCCACCACCAACAUCAGCUUCAGCUGCAUCACAUUGACCGUGCUGCUAUCUCAUUUCCCAAACCUCGAUCCUCCGCUGGAUCUCUGUCUUGCCCCGGCUGCUACGAUCCGAAUCAGAAACCCGCUGCAAAGACACGAUUUAAAGCGCUCCGCAUCUCUAGAUCUUCCUCCAAAGACAAAAUGUCAACUGAGCAACGCCCAACUGGCGAUGCCCUCAUUACUUCCGAGGACCCGAACCACCCUGCUAACCUGAUCCCUUCGCUAUGCGCAAAGUUCUGGACUCUGGGCUGGGUUACGGGAACAGGAGGCGGUUGCUCUAUUCGAGAUGAGUAUGUUUACCUUGCUCGUGUUUGAAAUUUCAUCAUUUUUUACCCCGCGACCCCGCCAUGACGAGUUGGAGAAGGCAAAUUUAUUUAUUACAAGACUCAUGAUACCGGUAUAUAUCCUCCUCAAGUGAAUGGGAAAUCAUUUGAACCUUCUCCUGAGUAUUUGCUAUCAAAAUAGGGAGCAAAAGUUUCUCUAACUUACACCAUGAUCGCAGUGAUCUCGUAUACAUUGCGCCCUCAGGCGUUCAAAAAGAACUCAUGAAGAACACCGACAUCUAUGUCAUGGCUCUUUCUGAGCAAGAUCCUAACCACAACAAGCUCAACCAGCGCACUUAUCUGCGAUCUCCUCCCUGCUACAAGCCUUCUCAGUGCACCCCCUUGUUCCUUGCUGCUUUCACCCGCCGAGGAGCUGGCUGUUGUAUACAUACUCACUCUCAAUGGGCUGUUCUGGUCACCCUCCUGUUAGAAUCACAAGGCCCCGGAAAGGACCGAGUUUUCGAGAUCAACAACAUUGAGCAGAUCAAGGGCUUUGGCCGUGGCAUGAACAAGACAGGCAACCUGGGUUAUCAUGACACCCUUCGCAUUCCAGUCAUCGAGAAUACUCCUCAUGAGGAGGACUUAACCGAGUAUCUUGAGGAAGCGAUGGAUAAGUAUCCCGACACAUACGCUGUUCUCGUCCGUCGUCACGGUGUCUACGUCUGGGGUGAUAACGUUCAUAAGGCCAAGACUCAAUGUGAGAGCCUCGAUUAUCUGUUCCAGCUUGCCGUUGAGAUGAAGAAGCUCGGCCUUCCUUGGGUCAGCGAAGUCGAGCAGAUUGCUCCCCAGCGAACAUAGUCGGAGAAGCAGUAAGAGUGUGACUACAAAUCCCGGCACCUUAGUUUGUGCUCCUAGCGAACGGGGUUGCUUACCAGGUAGUUAGUUUGAAAACCAAAAAGGAGGCAAGGCGUUAUGUGAGAUGAUGGCUGAAAGAAAAUUCGAGGGUAGUCGAUAGAUGAAUGUGGUCGAUAACAUGAUAAUGACCAAGGUACGAAAAAUCUCACCCGGAGAAUAGAGCAUGCCACCAUUACGGAUCAUUCUCUUGGCGAGUUUUUUGAUGGGCAUCAUAUCUUCCAAAAUUGGUUUACAGUUCAGCCCGCGAAGCCAUGAACUUCGAACAAAUUGCUGACAAGACUUGAUUCAUGAUUAUGCACAUAACGCUCAACAUAUUCAGGACCCUGUUGCUAUAAAAUUAAUAAUUAUCCAACUUAUAGCUCAUCUCUGGGGCGUUGCUGCUCAACAACAUCGGGCUCCUCCCACAUCCUCUUCUUGGGAUUGCCGAUAUUGUCUUCAUCACCCUCUGGGAUAUUCCCCAGCUCAUCUGCCU